GUGGCCCGUGGAUGCUCAACAAGUAUUUGCCAAUUGCCAUCGCUGGUGGGCUUUUCCAAAUUGACCAUCUCAGUAGCAUCGCUAGGGAAGAAACAUGGAAGUGAACCCGUAGACUCGGGAGAGACGGGAGAUGAGCCAAAUGGCGAGUCCUGCUGAGCGGAGACUUGAUCGUAUUUGCCGUCACUUCUGCCCGCCGCUCCAAAAACUUAACCAUGUGCUUCACCAGGCCGCGACGAGAGGUGGCCAAGAAAUUGACGAUGUAGCAAGAGACCCAGUAGUCAUAGGCGGGAUGGUGUUGGAUAUUCAUGCCAUUCCUUCCACCUCUCCACAACCCAGAACCACAACUCCUGGAAAGGUCCGUUAUGUGCUAGGAGGUGUGGGAAGGAACAUUGCAGAAUGCAUGUCAAAGCUUGGCACAAUGCCUUACAUGAUUAGUGCUGUGGGAGACGACAUUGCUGGGAACCUGCUGUUGGAGCAAUGGAAGUUAGCUGGCCUGUGCACUGAAGGGAUACGGAAACACCAGGAUAUCAAUACGGCUGUAAUCUGCAACGUAUAUGACACUGAUGGAGAGUUGGCUGCUGCUGUUGCAAACGUGGAUGCACUGGUAUGGUCGAAUUCCUAGCCAGUUUUAAUGACUUUCUAGAGUAAUAAAAUAUUUAGGAUCUAACUUAUCUGAAUAAUGAUUAUUUCCCAGGAAAAUUUCCUGACCCCUGCUUGGAUUCAGCAGUGCAAGUCCAGUAUACGUUCUGCUCCUAUACUGGUUGUGGAUGCGAACUUAAGUCCUAUUGCCUUAGAAGCUUCUUGCCAAGUGGCUGCUGAGUUCGAUGUACCUGUUUGGUUUGAGCCAGUGUCAGUAGCCAAGUCCACAAGAAUAUCCUCCAUUGCUAAGUAUGUAACUUUUGCUUCACCUAAUGAAGACGAGCUUGUUUCCAUGGCAAAUGCAGUUUCUGGUGGAAAUACUUUUCAUUUGGUCAAAAGGGAUGGCAACAGAAAGUACUCUGGAAAGUCAUUGUUUCACAAGUUGAAACCAGCUAUUUUGGUUUUGCUGGAGAAAGGAAUUAAGAUGCUUGCUGUCACUGUUGGUGAAGAUGGACUCUUCCUUUGCUCUAAGAAUCCAGACUUCCUUAAAUUUCGGUUGCAGAUAACUCAAAAUAGCAGAGUUGGUGAAUGGGUGUAUGAUACAUUGACAUCAACUUGUCCUCCUAGACCCGUUGCUGCAAUGCAAGUCGAGGGUAGCUCUCCUAUGUUUGCAGUGCAUUUUCCUGCACUUCCGGCAUCUGUUGUGAGACUCACUGGAGCUGGUGAUUGCAUGGUAGCUGGCACAGUUGCUUCCCUUUGUUCAGGCUUAGAUGUUCUGCAGAGUGUGGGAGUUGGCAUUGCAGCGGCCAAAGCUGCUAUUGAGGCGGAACCAAAUGUUCCUUCAAUCUUCAACUUGGCUGACAUUGCAGGUAAUGCAAAGCUAGCUUAUUGCAAUGCUAUAUCUUUGUGCCAUUUUGAGAAAUGAAUCAUGUCUUGGUGAUGCAAAUGCAUCAAGCAAGAGCUACAUUGGAAAUUCAACCGUAGAAAACGUCCUUGCGAGUUGGAAUAGUUGGGAUGGAAUUCAGCCAAAAGGAUAUAGCUUUUGAAGGAAUGCUGAUUCAUUUCAUGUCUUGCAAGUUGUUUCUGUUAAAAUCUGGAAGCUGCUGUGCUGUGGUUUGUGUUGAGUUUCGUAACAUUUCACUUCAUGACAUUGUUUAUGUAAUGAACUUCCAAUUCGAUCAGAUUUAACCGACCGAGAAUUAGCUAAAAGAUUCCUCCAAGUCCCCUCAAUGUUUUUUUUUUGUCAUUCUUGUAUGUAUUCCUUCCUUCCUCAGCUAGUGAGGUUGAGCUCAGAAUGUAAUUAAUCCCAAGAAACAAGGAAGUGAACCAAACCAAAACAAAUUUCCAAUAAUAGGAGUCAGGAAUGCAGAUAUGGCCGCUUCCUUGCUUGAUUCUUUCCAUUUUAAUUCCCGAGUAUAUCCGCAUUUCUGACUCCUAUUCUUGGAAGUUUGUCUUGGUUUGCUUCCCUCCCUUGGUUUUUGCGAAGAAUCCUUUCGUUUCUCAGCUGUGAUUGGGACUUCAUUUGACCGCUCCCGCAACUUCUUCGUCCUUCUCCUCUUUCUUAAAGCCCAUACCCACCCAAAAUAAGAGUGAAAGCGCAUAUCACAUUUCGGCUUCCAAAAACACACCGGAAAAAUCAGGAGGAAUGAAGUCAGUUUCUCUGCCGCCGGCGGCGAUGCUAUAUUUGUGCUUCUGUUUGUUCCCAGCGUUCGCGGUGGUGGCCGGGAUCGAGCAGCCGCCGCGGCUGCGAUUUGGGAAGAAUGGGCAGUUGAAGAUUCUGCAAGUGGCGGAUAUGCACUAUGGAAACGGCAAGUCCACCGGCUGCUUGGAUGUCCUCCCGAGCCAGCUGCCCACUUGCUCCGACCUCAACACCACCGCCUUCGUUGAACGGAUGAUACGAGCUGAGCGGCCGGAUUUCAUCGUCUUCACUGGGGACAACAUCUAUGGGUUCGAUGUUGCGGACCCGGUGAAAUCCAUGAAUGCUGCAUUUGCACCAGCAAUAGCUUCUGGCAUUCCCUGGGCUGCUGUUUUAGGGAACCAUGAUCAGGAAUCUAGCUUGUCAAGGGAAGGAGUGAUGAAAUAUAUAGCUGGAAUGAAAAACACACUUGCCAGGGUCAAUCCACCCGAGGUGCGCGUGAUCGAUGGGUUUGGGAACUACAAUCUGGAGGUUGGAGGAGUUCAAGGCUCUACAUUUGAGAACAAAUCGGUUCUUAACCUCUACUUCCUCGACAGCGGUGACUACUCCACCGUUCCUUCCAUCCCUGGCUAUGGCUGGAUCAAACCCUCUCAGCAGUUCUGGUUCCAACGCACAUCUGCUAAACUCCGGAAAUCAUACAUGAGCAGCCCUGCAGCUCAGAAAGGACCAGCACCAGGGCUGGCUUACUUCCACAUUCCUUUGCCUGAAUUUGCAAGUUUCGAUGCAUCCAAUUUCACCGGGGUUAGACAAGAAGGGAUCAGCUCCGCUAGUGUCAACUCGGGCUUCUUCACUACUUUGGUGGAGGCAGGAGAUGUGAAGGCUGCGUUCAUAGGCCAUGAUCAUUUGAACGACUUCUGUGGCAGGCUGACAGGCAUUCAACUUUGUUACGCUGGAGGUUUCGGUUACCAUGCCUAUGGAAAGGCUGGAUGGUCGAGGAGGGCUAGAGUAGUGGUAGCUUCUCUGGAGAAGCAGCAGAGUGGGGAGUGGGGUGCCGUCAAGUCGAUCAAGACCUGGAAACGGCUCGAUGAUGGGAAACUUACCGGGAUAGAUGGCCAAGUCCUCUGGAGCAAAACCCCUGGAGGUGCCCGCAGAAAGAAACAGUUUGGUGGCCGUUGAAUAUAGAGCAGUCGAGGUAUAAGUAGCCCACAAAGAAGGUGGUCAAGAAGGUAGUUUUUAGCUUGUUUGUAAGGCUGGAAAAAGUGUUACACAAGUUUGCGUUUCCCCCUUGUGGUGAUCACAGAAUGAUGCUCCAGCUCGAAGAAAAACAUAUACGAACUUUCUUCGCUGUGUAAUUUAGGUUAGGCACGUUAUUUUGUUGCUCACAUUUAU